AUAAUUUCGGAGUAUGUAAAGCUUUUAUAAGUGACAAAAGGAGGAAGAUCGUAGCUUAAAUUUCAUAACUGUUUGUUAAUAAAAUCCAAAGAAAAUGAGUCUGUGGGUAGAUAAAUAUCGACCAACAACAUUUUCUAAAUUAGAUUAUCAUAAAGAACAAGCAGAAUAUCUUAAAAAUAUGGUGCAUAAAGGAGAUUUUCCACAUUUGUUAAUAUAUGGACCUCCUGGAGCUGGAAAGAAAACUAGAAUAAUGUGUAUUUUGAAAGAAUUAUAUGGUUCUGGAGUUGAAAGAUUACGGAUGGAAAAUAUGAAUUUUGAGACUCCUUCUAAAAAAAAAUUGGAAAUAAUGACUAUAAGCAGUAAUUAUCACAUAGAAGUAAAUCCCAGUGAUGUAAAUAUAUACGAUAAAGUUGUUGUAAUGGAUUUAGUUAAAAUGACAGCACAAACUCAUCAGAUUGAUUCAACUGGACAAAAAGAAUUUAAAGUGGUUUUGUUGACAAACGUGGAUCAACUUACAAAGGAUGCUCAACAUGCACUUCGUAGAACCAUGGAAAAGUAUAUUGCUACGUGCAGAUUAAUUCUUUGCGCAAAUUCUAUAUCUCGUGUAUCACCAGCUAUCAGAUCUCGGUGUCUAGGAAUACGUGUUUCUGCACCAACAAUACCAGAAAUUAAAUCUAUUUUACAAUCGGUAUGUAAACGAGAAAGUAUAACUUUACCGGAUGAAUUUGCUACCAGACUUGCAAAUGCUAGUGGAAGAAAUCUUAGAAGAGCAAUAUUGAUGCUCGAAGCUUGUAAAGUUGAACAGUAUCCAUUUACUGUAAAUCAAAAGAUUUCUGAACCUGAUUGGCAAACAUUUAUUCGUACUACAGCUAAUAUGAUGAUAGCAGAACAAACUCCAAGAAAACUACUAGACAUUAGGAAAAGACUUUACGAAUUAUUAACGCAUUUAAUACCUUGCGAUGUCAUUCUUAAAGGAUUAUUACAGGAGUGCAUAAAAAAUUGUGAUUUUCAAUUAAAAAGUGAAAUAAUAUUUAUAGCUGCAGAAUAUGAACAUAGGAUGCUAAACGGGUCAAAACCUAUUUUCCAUUUGGAGGCUUUUAUUGCUAGGUUCAUGGCUGUAUAUAAAAAAUUUAUGGAUUCUUCUCUUGAAGAUUUUAUAUGAUUUAAAAUUAUUUAAUCAAAGCUAUUGAUAUAAAAGGUCGAAACAAUGGUCUAUUUCGACCAUGAAAGAUAUGUAAUCAUAAAUGUUUUAUUAUUUACAAAAGAUCCGAAUUAUAUGAAGUAUUGUAAUUUUACAUUGAGGAAAGUACAAUUUUGGCAUUGGUCUUAAAAUAAGCGCGUUUUCUAAAUUUCUUCUACAAUAAUUUUCCUAAAUAAAUGAACACAUUACAAAGUAUUAGAAACACAUAUUAACGAGUAAGAAACAAUAACACAGAAGAAUUUUGAAAUAAAGUAUCUCUACAAUAACUUAUUUUAUUUCAUACAAUACUAAAAUUAUAGGAUGAGAUAUGAUGCACAUCCAAAUAACAAAGAAUUUCUAAAAAUAAAUAAA